AUCUCAGCCACGGGACAGGAGAGGACAUGGCGGGACUCCUUGGCACCGUCGCGCUCCUCCUCCUCCUCCUGUUGACCACCACCGCGGCGACCUCGCCGGCCGACGCCCUUCUGGCAUGGAAGGUCAGCCUAGGCGACCCAACCGUCUUGUCCAGCUGGAGCAAGGCAAGGCCUGCCUGCUCCUGGCCCGGCGUGGACUGCAACGCCGCCGGCCUGGUCACGUCGCUCAGCCUCGGGUCGCUCGGGCUUACCGGCACGCUCGACGCACUCGACGCUUCCAGCCCUGGCCGUGCUCGACCUCAGCGACAACAUGCUCACAGGCUCCAUCCCGGCGAGCCUCUCGCGGCUGCGCUCGCUCGCCACGCUCCACCUCGGCGACAAUGGAUUCAACGGCUCCAUCCCGCCGCAGCUCGGCCACCUCUCGGGCCUCGUCGGCCUCUUCCUCUACAAUAAUCACCUUGUGGGCUCUAUCCCCGCAGAGCUGGGCGGGCUGGUGAGUCUGGACUCUGGAACACUUGGAUUUAUCGGAGAAUAAUCUAACGGGACCCAUCCCUAGCUAGCUCCUUGGGUAACCUCAAGCAGCUCACGUGGCUGGGACUCCGGUUCAACAACCUCACCGGCGCUAUUCCACGGGAGAUAGCCGGCAUGGUGGCCUUGAAGGGCUUGGCCGUCCGCGACAACAAUCUCGAAGGCGAGCUUCCCGCUACCAUCACAUCGCUCAGGAAUCUCCAAUACCUCGCCCUGUCUGACAACAACUUCACCGGCACCAUACCGCCGGACCUUGGCAAGGGGCUAAACUUAACCGUCGUGAGCUUGGGGCACAACAGCUUCUCCGGCGAGCUGCCGCAGAGUCUAUGUGACGGUCUCAAGCUGCAAAACUUCACGGCACACCGCAACAACUUCAGCGGCAGGCUGCCAUCGUGCCUCAAAAAUUGCACGGCGCUGCUGCGGGUGCUGCUGGAAGGCAACCAAUUCACCGGCGACAUCUCCGAGGUGUUUGGUGUCCAUCCCAACUUGGAAUACCUCGAUGUCUCGGGGAAUCAGCUGACAGGCAACUUAUCAUCGUCUGAUUGGUCACAGUGCACCAAUCUUACACGCUUACACAUGAACGAUAAUCGAAUAUCUGGCAACAUUCAUGAAACCUUCUGCGGAUUGACAUCUCUCCAGGAUCUGGACCUAUCAAAUAACCAACUCACCGGGGAGCUCCCAAAUUGCUGGUGGGAAUUCAAACUUAUGGUUGCUAUGGAUUUGUCCAAGAAUAGAUUUUCAGGUGAGCUUCCUAUAUCAACGAGCCUGGGCCUCAAACUCCAGUCCCUUGGUCUUGCUAACAAUAACUUUCUUGGAGUUUUUCCAUCCGUAAUUGAAACCUGCAGAUCACUCGUCAUCCUAGAUCUUGGGAACAACAUGUUCUUGGGUGAUAUCCCCUCUUGGGUUGGAACGAGUGUUCCUCUUCUAACAGUUCUGAGCCUCCCAUCCAACAACUUCAGUGGUGUCGUUCCACCCGAGUUAUCCCAACUUUCUAAUCUGCAAGUCAUGGACCUGUCCAACAACUCCUUCUCAGGUGAGCUCCACAUGGACAUGCCAAACCACAAUUGCUCCCUUGAGUCGUUUCAUAUUGCAGGCAAUGGCUUCAUGGGCGCCUUCCCGCCGUUCCUCCAAGGCUGCAUCUCCCUGUCCACCCUGGACAUCGGGAACAACCAGUUCUUUGGUGGUAUCCCUACAUGGAUUGGGAGUCAGCUUCCAUCACUGAAAAUCCUCAGACUUAGAUCAAACAAUUUCACCGGAGAAAUCCCCACGGACUUAUCAAGUCUUUUGCAACUCCAGCUGCUCGAUAUGGCCAACAAUAGCUUGACAGGAUCAAUUCCGGUAGCCUUCGGAAACUUGAACUCCAUGAGGCAUAAUCUUCCCCCAUCUGUCCAACCAAUUCCGGUAGCAUUUCCAGUCUGCCAUCCCUCAGCGUGUUAAAUCUCUCAAACAAUCACUUACAGGGCCACAUACCCAACGGGAAUCAGUUACAGACACUUGCAGAUCCAUCAAUAUAUGGCAACAAUCUGGGGCUCUGUGGCUUCCCGCUGAGCGCGUGUGAGCCUACGUUGGGCCAGGGAGCUGGAGACCACAAAGAACUCAGGGACCUGGGGCUGUGUUACUCUGUAAUUAUUGGCAUCGUUUUCGGCUUCUGGCUUUGGUUUGGAGCUCUGUUCUUCCUGGAGCAGUGGCGUGUAUGUUUUCUCCAUUGUGUUGACGGCUUAGGGAUCAAGAUAGAUGUCAGCCGCUAAGGCCUUCACAUGUAAAUCAGCAGCAAACGGCA